CUUCAAAAUAGAGUUUAUUUUUAGAGAUGCUUUUAGAAUAAAGCUACACUUUAUAAAGCUAUCGCUAAAUUUAUUUUUAUAUUGUAUUUUUCAAUAUAGCACAUAUAUUUUCUCGUGUAAUAAUUUGUUUUGGAAAAUUCUGAAUAUUAACUUUCUAAAAUUUUGUUUUUUCCAAUCAUUUUAUCAUAGGAAAAUAUCUAUACUGCUUGAAAAAUAGACGUUAAAACUUAAAAGAUAUCAAAAUAUCGGUAAUUGCUAUUAAAAAUAAACCAUUCGAGAUUGAAUAUCAAUGUGUAGUGUGUACAUAUCAGUGUUACCUAAUCUGACACUUGCAAUGAACACCCUAAAAGUCGCAAACUCCACAAAGUCUUUUCUUCUCCCCAACUAAUGUAUUCACACAUUUGUUUUUUUGUCGUUUCGACGACGUGUUCACACUUCAUUUUACAUAUCUAUAUAAACUAUUUUAACUUCUCUCGCGCCACAUAAACCCAAAGCCACGCAGACAUCAUUAUUACUAUCCACAUUUGAGGUGUGUUAUGUAAGCAUACACCUUUUUUCUUGAAACAUUAAGCUUAUACCAUUCCGGCAAAAAACAGUAUACAAUACAGUAUACUUCUCUCUACUCACAACUCGAGAGCUUGGAGUGAGAAGUUGGGAAAAGGUAAUCAUUUAUUAUUUCUCUCUCUCUAUAUAUCUAUUUCACUCUUUGGAGUGAGACGCGAUGGAACAAGAGCGCAAGAACAAUAUGAACGGGAUGGAAAUGGAAAAAGGAAAGAGGGAGAGUGGGUCGAGAAAAGGUCUUGAAUUAACGAUGAGAGUGUUGGCUUUGGUUCUUACAAUGGUGGCUGCAACUGUACUUGGUGUCGCGAAACAGACAAAGGUUGUGUCUAUUAAGCUUAUUCCAACUUUGCCUCCUCUUGAUGUCUCGACAACAGCCAAAGCUUCUUACUUGUCUGCCUUUGUGUACAACAUUUCGGCAAACGCUAUAGCUUGCGGUUACGCAGCAAUCUCGAUAGCGGUUCUGAUGAUCUGCAAAGGCAGAAGAAGCAAAGGGUUGUUAAUGGCGGUUUUGAUAGGAGAUCUUGUAAUGGUGGGUUUGCUAUUUUCUGGCACUGGAGCCGCCGGUGCAAUCGGGCUAAUGGGUUCACAAGGGAAUAAACAUGUGAUGUGGAAGAAAGUUUGUAACGUCUUUGGAAAGUUCUGUCACCAAGCUGCUGCUUCUGUUGCCAUCACUCUUAUUGCUUCAAUUGUGUUUAUGCUUCUUGUUGUUCUUGAUGCUAUGAAGCUUCCUUAAAUUUUUAAUACCCUAAAA